AUGGACACCUUGGGAAAUAUAUACGAUAGAAAAAACAAAAAAUAUGCAAAAAUAGGCGCAAAAUUAGGGACAAAGCAAAACCUAAACCAAAUUAAUUACAACCCAUUUCCGACUAUUAAAAAAAACCCAAUAUUUAUUGGAGAAAAAGAAACCGGUAUCGAACAGCCACCUCCAAACGAAAAACCAUUGCGUAUCUUUUCCGGAUUUAUUUCGGAUAAGAAUUUUAAGCCUUAG